CCUUAAUGGGCUUGGCUUUAGGUUACCCGGACAAGACUCUAAACCCACACUGCGUAUAUAAAGAAGAAACCCUAACCUAAUUUCUCUUCAUUCUCACUUUGCUUCUUCCUCAGCGGCCGCACCAAAGAAGCGAAAAUGCCUUCCCACAAGUCAUUUAUGAUCAAGAAGAAGCUCGCUAAGAAGAUGAGGCAAAACAGACCUAUCCCUAAUUGGAUCCGUAUGAGAACUGAUAACACCAUCAGGUACAAUGCUAAGCGCAGGCACUGGCGCAGAACCAAGCUAGGGUUUUAAGGUAGAUGCAGUUUUUCACUUCACCUCUUGUUAUUUGAAGGAUAUCGUGUGGUGGGGUUAUGGAUGAUGUUUAGUUUACUUUAGGAUUUAGGGUUUUUUUGAUGGAAGAUGGUGGAAAGGGAGAUAAAUCGGAUUAUUGUUCUUUAAAAUUUGUAACUAAGCUUACUUUAUUUUGAUCUGUUUCCACAACAGAUGGAUUUUUAGUUGCAAAUUUGUGUUUGGUACUUGGUGUUUAUCUUCAAUCUAAGACUUAUGAAAUGUUAUUUCUGCUAUAUUUUUCUUUGUUA